AUGUUGGCUACUACAGACAUUCAUAAUUUCAACAAGGUGCCUACUAUUCCUGAAUGCAGCACAAUUAUAGAUCUCACGGUGCUAAAAGGUGACAGGUUAAAGAAUGAAGUGUUCAAGUUGGUACAGACCCUCUUUCCAGAGUGGGCAAGCGAUGCUCGAAACUUUCAGCUUAGUCGUGUUAGUGGUGCGUUGACAAAUGCAGUGUUCUUUGUUGACGCUUCCAACAGGAAACGCUUAUUGUUAAGAGUAUACGGAAUAGGUGUCGAUCAAAUCAUCGAUCGAGACAAUGAGCUAGCAUGGAUCGCUCGACUCUCUCAUCUAAAUAUAGGGCCUAGUCUCCUCGGCGUCUUUGGCAAUGGACGAUUUGAACAGUACUUGCCUUCAAAGACUCUUACUAGUGCAGAAAUACGAAUUCCUGAUAUAUCAAAACAGAUUGCCGCUUGUACUCGUGAGCUCCAUGAUAUCGUCACCGUUUACCCUCCUGAUAGAUUUAGUGUGAUGGAAGUCUGGAAUAACGUUGAUAAAUGGUAUAAGUUAGCCGUUAGCGUAUUACCUGAUUUAGUCAAGAAAAGUGACGCAUGGGCUAAAGCAUUGAAUGACUAUGACCUGAAUCGUCUGGCUCAUGAAAUACAAGAGUGCAAGCAGAUACUAGCCAAUGUCAAUUCUCCAAUCGUAUUCGCGCAAAAUGAUUCUCAAUAUGGAAAUGUGCUUCAACUCGAGAAAUCACAUGAAUUGGUAAUCGUAGAUUUUGAAUAUGCAGGAUAUAAUCCACGAGGCUAUGAUAUUGCUAAUCACUUUUGUGAAUGGAUGUACAACUAUCACUCCGAACAGCCAGCUGCAAUGAAUAAGGAGAGCUAUCCUACGUAUGAGGAACAAAUUCGUUUCUUAACAGCCUAUCUGGAGACCACUUCCAAAUUUAGAACAUCUGACAUGAACAAAGAUGUGACCCCAGAGAGCUUACAAAAGGAAGUCUCUAUGUACGUGAUGGCUAGUCAUCUCACUUGGGGCCUUUGGGGAUUGAUUCAGGCAAAUCAAAGUGAAAUUGAAUUUGAUUUCUUUUUAUAUUCAACACAGAGACUGAACGCCUUCCGUGAAGAACUCGCUGUUUGGAAAAAUAUGGACUAG